GCCUUUGAAGUUUGGGCGAUGUUUGCAUCCUGGCUUGGAGAAGUUGGACAUCGAAGUCCAGGAAUAUGUUUGGCUAGACGGCCCCCUGGCGGACCGAUCGCAGCUGACAAACUUGCUGCGCAUGUGGGAUCUUAGCCGACCAAACCUUGUGAUAGAGCUGGUUGGGGGCUACUGCCAUCCGAAGCACAUGUUGCUGCCAGCAGACCUCGAUACGCUGCAAAGAUCGGCGAUCGGCAAGGUGGUGUCUGAUGCGAAGCGAGUACUGCAGCUGCAAUCAGGAUUGCCAGACGGCGAGGUUGACAUGGAGCAGUUGCAGAGGAUGGUGGGGAAUAGCCUCUACGAUCGACUGGUGGAAGCCAUGGUCGCAGUCGUGGAGGCUUGCGCGGCGACCAACUGCUGGCUCAUGAUCGACAUGCCCAACAUCGGGCAGAUGCCCUAUGUGUUGGAGCAGGCACUCUUCCGUACCAAGAGUCGGCCGGUGAUACUGGUGUUCGUAGAUCCGACCGUGCCUGACAAGUUUCGGACAGGCAAUCAUCCGUACCAGGACGCGGCGUGGAAGGCUCUGGAAGAAGGAGCCAAAGAAGUCCAUCUGGAGGAGACCUUGGACUUCAAGCUGAGACUGCAAACCUUGUCAGACGACCUCUUCCCCCCGGGCCAGGAUUGGUGGCCAGUUCCGGACCACGAGGCACCCGUGGAGGCCGCAAAGCGGAACACGCUGUGGCAAUCCCAUUAUGGAAGAUGGUUCUUCCGCGCUGCUAGUCACUACAUCUUCUGCCCUUGUGCUGGGAGUUUCAACUCCAGCGCCGUGGCCUUCCCACUGGAGUGGCUUGGGAAAUCGGGGACCAUCUUCAGCUGUGGUGCAAUCGGGCCCGGACACGUCAGUGACAUGAUCUUUGACAACCUGGACAACGGCAAAGCGACCAUCCUCCUCAAGUACACUGGGCAAGCUACGGACCUCUGGAGCCACGCGCUGGACGCCAUGACGAGCCUUGCAGAAGCUGGAGAGUUAAGUCUCGAUAGCGGCGCCGCAGGAAUCCUCCAGCGGAUGCACGAGAAGCUGGGUAGCGAGGCCCGCGAGCAGCUGAUGCAAAACAACUGGGCUAGUCAAAGCCUGUUUCCCUCUCUGAGGUCACUGCUACGCAAAGACUGGUCUCGCUUAGCGCAGACUUUCGUGGUGGUGGAUUGCUUCAAGGAUGCACCUGACGCUGUUUUGGACAAGGUGAGCUCCUGCCUGGCCAGCAGCUGCGGAUCUGGUCUUCUCCUGGGGACCGAAAGCAUCCGCGCACGAUGCGUGGAUGAAGCGCAGAUGAUGCUGUCUCAGCUGCGCUACAACGCACGCAGGUUUGCCAUCCUCGCCAAUCUCAUGGCAGUUGGAGGCGUUGUGCUGUCCAUGGUCUCCACCCUCGUCGCGGUGACCAGCGCCUGGAUGGAUGUCAACUUUGACGCCAAGAAGGCUUUCCCCUUCCUGCAGUCCUUCUCCCACGUGGCUUUGGUCGUUUUGCCGGCCUUGGGGGGGCUUGCGUUUACGCUGCUGUCGCGCCUCAGAUACAUGUCAAAGUGGGGCGCCGCCCACUUGGCUGCCGAGCAGGUGGAGUCGGAGAUCUACAAGUUCAGGAUCCAGGCCAGCGACUACAAUCCUCAGGAUGCGCCAGAGCAGGCCGCACACAGUCCAGCGAUGUUAGCGUCCAACAUUUCGCGCAUCUAUGGAACCAUCGCAGGCGAGUUUCACCAUGACUCCCUUUAU